AUGAUGGUUCAUCCAUAAAUGAAAAUAUUUUUAACAAAAAUGAACAAGAGAAUCAUUCUGAUGACUAUGAAAAUAGUAAUAAUGUUAGUGAUGAUGAUCAAGAAACUUACUUUCGUGAAUCAGAUGGAUGUUAUGAUAGUGAUGAUCGAGAAUCUUAUUUUUAUGAGUCGGAUAAUGAUGAUCAAGAAACUUAUUUUUAA